GACCACUACUUUUCUGCCCUCUGCUCACCAGAUUUUGAUUCGAAGAAGAUAUUUUUUCCUCUGAAUUCUAGCAAGGCAUUUGGGGUACUUCAAAAGAUCGCGCAAAUGCAAUACAGAGAUUUUUCGUCGGAUGUCCCAUGCGUGUCUUAGUACGUGAAAACCGUGUUCCUCAGUCGAAGGUGGUCUCCGAAAAAAUCAUAAAUAUUUGAGUGACUUUGAAACCACGAAAUCCAAAUAAAAAAAAGACCGCAAAACACUUGUCAUAAAAUAUAAUACAAAUCAAAACAAAAUGUUUGCCACUUCAGCCGCCGUCAAGGCCAUCGCACGCCGCGAGGCAACCCUCAAGGCCGCCGUAAAUAUUCGUGCCAUGUCAAAUCUCAGCGCAUACGAUGAUUUCGGAAAGAACGUAUUCACUGGAAAGGUUGCCGACGAAUAUUUGAAAAAGCACGGUGCCUCGGGAGAAACCCUCAAGGACCCCAGUUGGGUUAACAACGACGCCGACAAGGUCGCCAAUGCAGUAUUUGAUUGGUGAGUAAUCUAUAGAAUUUAUUGAAAUUAGAGAUCGGAAUAAGACCAACCCUUCGAAAUUUUCAUUUAUCGACGGUUGCAAAAUUAUGGCAUGUCGUUUUGUCAGUGUUCUCAUUUUUUGUUGUAUUUAUUUUCGAAUACUCUUGUCACAAAAUAAUCCGACAGGGCCCUCGACCGUGGUGCAAAUGUCUUCUGCCACUGGUUUCAACCCAUGGCCUCCAGUGGAGUUCGUCACGGAUUGACCGGACAAGUCCAGAAUAUGAUGUUGAAAUUCAACGGCGACGGCGAAGUCGAACAAGAUUUCAAGGGAAAGACUCUUGUCAAGGGAGAAACUGAUGGUUCUUCUUUCCCCAAUGGUGGACUCCGUGGAACUCACUGUGCUGGAGGAUACCUUGCGGUCGAUACCUCGUCCCCUAUUUUGUGCCGUGGUGAUACAAUUUUCAUUCCUUCAGCCUUCGUUUCGUACUACGGAGCUGCUUUGGAUGAAAAGACCCCUCUUCUCAGAGCGAACUCUGCCCUCGACAAACACGGAACCCGCCUUUUCAGCCUCCUCGGUGGAGACGCAAGCAGCGGAGUUCAGUCGAACAUCGGUCUCGAACAAGAAAUUUUCCUUAUCCCUCGUGAAGAAUACUACCGCCGGCCCGAUCUUCAAUUGACGGGACGCACCAUCAUGGGAAAGAACGCCCCGCGUGGACAAGAGAUGUGCGAUCAUUACAUGGCCCCUCUUUCCAGCGCAACUGCUGCCUUGGCCUGCAUGCAAGAAAUCCAAGACGAAUGCUGGAAAAUGGGAAUUCCUCUUAAGACUCGUCACCGAGAAGUCGCUCCCAACCAGUUUGAUUUUCCCCUCUUUACGGAACCAACACCACCCAGAUCGAUCAAAAUGUUUUCGUCAUGCAAAUUAUCGAAGAAACCGCCCCUAAGCACGGUCUUGCCGCUCUUCUUCAGGAAAAGCCAUUCAAUGAGGUUAAUGGAUCCGGAAAGCACAACAACUGGUCCAUCGCUACACGCUCCGGUGUCAACUUCCUCGACGUUGAAGACGUUUGGGAAGCCACCGGAAACCCUGAGGCGUUCCCUAUCAUCAUGGCUGCUAUUGUUGCCGCUGUUGACGAAAAUGGUGACCUCAUGCGUGCCGCCAUUGCCAGCCCCGGAAAUGAUUUCCGAUUGGGUGCCUGCGAAGCACCUCCUGCUAUUGUAUCCACCUACCUCGGUGAAGAUUUGACCUCUUACCUCGAAAAAUUCAUUGCCGGAGAAACCUCCGAGUACAAGCCUGGUAAAAAGAUGCUCGACCUCGGAACCCGUGAGGUCCUCCCAUUCGAGGUUCCUGCCGAAGAUCGCAACCGUACUUCUCCAUUCCCUUACGGAGGAUCUCGAUUCGAAUUCCGUGCCGUCGGAUCAUCCCAAAAUGUCUCUUUGGUAAACACCGUACUCAACACCAUUGCCGCUGAGAAAUUCGCCCUCUUCGCCGACCGCAUCGAAGCCGGUGAGGCACCCGCCGAUGUUGCCCGUGAGGCCCUCAAGAAGCACUGGAAGGUCAUUUUCAAUGGAGACAACUACGAUGAAGCCAAUCAACAAAUGCUCACCGAUUCCGGUGUCUGGCGUAUUGAUUCUGGUGUUGAAGCCAUUGCAACUCUUUCCAGUGACAAGAAUGUUGCUCUAUUUGAAAAGAUGGGUGUCUUCAACGGCGAGGAAUUGUCUGCCAGGCAAGAUGUCCUCCACGAUCACUACACCGGAACCGUUGAGAUGGAAGCCUUGUGUAUGGUUGACAUGAUCAACCAACACGUCAUCCCAUCCGUCAAGGCUGCUGGAGUUGGUCCUCUCGAUGAAUUGUCCGCUGCCGUUACUACCAUCACUGCUGCCGUCGCCGAGAUCCACGCUGCUGAAAGCUCCAUGGACAAGGCCCAACUCGCUCGCGUCCUUCGUCUCGAGACCAUGAUUGACAUCCGCGCCACAUGCGAUGCCGCCGAAGAAGUUGUCCCUGCCGAAAAUUGGACUCUUGCCACUUACAAGGAAUUGAUGUUCCUCGACUCACACGUUGACCCCGAACCUGAUUUUUUCGGAGAAUAAAUUCUGGUUAAAUGAAGUCUGUAGCAUUUGCUGACAAUGCAAUUUGCUCUGUGAUAUCGCCAUUCGUGGGGCAACUUGAGAAUAUCUCAUAUUUUUUACUUCGUAAUUUAGUGCAGCAUUUUUAGAAAAUAAAAUGAAAAUAUUUUU